AUGGAUCCAAUCAAUGUGAACGAAAUUCAAGGCUUAUGGAGCUACUUAAAAAGUAUUGAUUGGUCAGACCAUUGGUUAAAAGCACUGGGAGCAUUUCAUCUUACUUGUAUUACAAUAACAAUUUUAUCUCGAAACAGUACCACAGCACAAGCUUUUUAUUUUGCAUUUCUUUUAGUAGCAGUAUAUGCAGCAGAAACCAUUAAUAAAUGGGCAGCCGAAAAUUACAGAUUAUUUUCACGUCAACAAUAUUUUGACAGUAAUGGAUUGUUUAUAUCUGUAGUUUAUUCUUUACCAAUUCUCUUCAAUUGUCUGGUUAUUGUGAUAUUAUGGUUAAGAAAUACAGUAUUAUUAAUGUCAGAAGUAAAAAGAUUAAAAAUAAAGAAAAUUAUCAUAGAUGAUAAGAGGAGAGAAGAGGAGAAAAAAGAAAAAUAA